GGAUUUCCCUUCAAACUCGCGAAUGGACUGCUGUACCACAUGCGAAAAGGAGGUCACAAUCGGCUUUGUAUCCCCAGCCCGUGUAUUAGUCCACUUCUGGAAAUGGUUCACGACCAAAAACAUCAUUUCGGUGUUAAGAGAAUGAUGAGGGGUCUUGUUAGCUUCAGCUUUAACUCGAUGACGAAGGUC